AUGGAACCUCCAGUUUUGUCUAUUCCCACCACAUCGACUACUCCUAUUUCCAUUCCCGUAACAUCAAACACCAGAUCAACCAACAUAACCACGACUCCGACUGUGAUUUCCAUUCCCACGACGUCAACCAACACGUCUUCAACUUCAACUGACCUAACCACCACAUCUGCUAUCAUAACUACACAAUUGAGUUUAACCAACAAAAUUGACACAACUCCUGAUCCUAUUACGUUGUCUUCUUCAACUCAACCAACUCAAAACACAACUUCUACAACCGAUACAAACAAUCCAAAUCUCGAUGGUGUUGUUGAAGACGAAGAUGGUGUUGUAGAAGAAUUUCUCAAAGAGCGAGAUGAAGACUGGCCACCAAUUGGUGCGUAUCUCAUUGUUUGA